UACACGUAAGAUAUAUAUAAAUACUUAAGACAUAUACAUAUACACAACCAGAAGACAAGGAAUGGAACAUCAGCAUCACGAAGGAAAUACUAGUGAAAGACAGACUAACUAUAGUGAUAAUCUGACUACUUUCAACGAAAUAAAUACCAAUUCCAGCGAAAGACAAGAUACUUCCAGUGAAAAAAAGAUUACUCUCAGUGAAAUACAGGCCAGUUUCUGUGAAAUACAGACCAAUUCCAGUGAAACAGCGCAAAGUCCAAGAUGGCUUAAAUGGUUUAUUCUUGUUAUUUCUUAUAUCAUCAACGUCAUCGUAACAGGUAUAGUGUUCUCUUUUGGUGUUCUUUACGUGAGACUUUUGGAUGAAUUCAAGCAGGGCAAAGCCCGUACGGCAGCCGUCGGUUCAAUAUCCAUUGGAUUACUUUUUGGUGUUGGUCCAGUUGCAGGCCUUCUAGUCAAGAGACUCCACUCACGUCCAGUUGCAAUAUUUGGCUCAGUUAUAUCAUUCAUAGGUUUACUUACAAGUUCCUAUGCCAAUACUCUUCUACAACUCUACGUGCUGUAUAGUAUACUAGCAGGAAUUGGUUUCGGUUGCUUGAAUCUGACGGCAAUUCUAUGUGUGACGGAACAUUUCCAGGAAAAGCAAGGUCUUGCCUGUGCAAUAUCAUCGAGUGGUUGUGGAGUGGGAAAUAUCAUAUUUCCUAUUAUAAUCAGCGAGCUGAUAGCCUCGGUUGGCUGGCGACCAUCAAUGCAGUUCCUAUCUGGUAUUCAACUAGUUACUGGUCUUUGUUCUCUUUUGAUGUUCCCUAAAAGAAAUAAAUUCUUUCCUUGUUGCCAAUUUCGGAAAAAAUCGACUAAAAGAAUAUCAAACUCGUUUAAUGUCAAUAUUUACCCUAAUAUUUCGGCAGUUCUGAAAGAUUUAUGGAUGGAUGGUUUGAUCGAUAUGAAAUCAAGUUUUCACAGUAAAACGAAACGAGGCUCGAGCGUAAAUUACAUUCAGUUUCAUUCCUCAUCAACAAAUGUUAUUAAAGACUCAGGAGAUUUUCAAACAGGAACGAAGAGACACAUGUGUACUGAUGAGCAACAUUCCAGUACACAAUCUAAUUCUAUCUCAACUGUUGAUAGAUAUUCUUUAGAAUAUUACCAAAGCUUUUGUGCAAACGCCAUGAAAGGAAAUCAUUUGGUGGAAAAGCCUUCAAAAAAUGGAGAGCAAAGUUUCACGGGAAAGAUUCAUAGAUGUUGGAACUGUAUAAAAAAUUGUCUCCGUGAUGUUAAUAUCUUCAAAAAUACAAAAUAUCUAGUGCUUUUCUGCUCCUGUUUGCUGUCAGCUACUGGCGCUGGAGUUCCUGCUAUUAUCAUAUUGGACUAUGCUGAGUCAUUUGGUACAACCACAAAGAAAGCCGCCAUUUUAGUGUCUGUAAUCGGAAUCACUGGAUUUGUCGGUCGACUACUAGCUGGAGCAGCGUCGUGUUAUUCAAAAUUGAACAUCUUAAUGCUCUACACCGUGGCCAUGUUACUGAGCGGCGUGUCAACUCUUCUUAUUCCAUUGCUGCAACACUUCUGGUUUUGCAUGCUAUUCUCUGCUUUUUUUGGACUUUUCUAUGGAAUAACAGCUGGAUUAGACCCGUCCAUAUUGGCUUAUAUUGCAGGCAAAGAUAAUAUAGCUGUAUCGUUCGGUUUUUUCACACUGGCACUUGGAGUCGGUAGUACUGCCAGUGCUUCUCUUGCAGGUUUAUUACGAGACCUGACUGGACACUAUAGAGGUUCAUUUUAUUUGGCUGGAGUAUUUUUGUGCACUUCAGCCUUGUGUGUAUUGCCAUUGGCGAUAUUAUCGCGACAGAGACAACGAGAGCUAAAAGAUGUCCCUCCAUGUAGCUGUAUCAUAUUAACAGGAUAUCACGUAAUACACUGACGCAUGUAGAACUAUAAACAUAAGGCAAUUAUAAAUAUGAACAUUUGCAUUUAGUUAAACAUUAAUUUCUUACAUUCGCACAAUUACACACAUUUCACAACGUCGAUAUUGAAAGAUGAAAGACGUAUACAAUCCAAGCGGGAUUUGGAUCCGUAACACUAAUAAAAUAUUUUAUCUUAUCAAAUUU